GCCACGCCCUGUUCCCCCAGCAGAGGGAGAAAGAUGGCGCCCACGCACGUACUGAGAUGCUGUCAACGGGGUUUAGCAUGGAUUCCCGUGGUUUUUAUCGCCCUUGUCGUCUGCUGGUCCUAUUACGCGUACGUGGUGGAGCUUUGUAUAUUCACAAUUCCCAGUAUAGCAGAACAGAUUUUCUACUUGAUUUUCUUCCACCUCUCCUUCAUCAUGUUUGUGUGGUCCUACUGGAAAACCAUCUUCACCAAACCUGCCAACCCCUCCAAAGAGUUUUGCCUUCCGAAGGCGGAAAAGGAGUGCUACGAGAAGGAGGCGAGACCAGAGUCUCAGCAGGAGAUUCUGUGGAGAGUGGCGUCUAACCUGCCUCUGUACACGCGCACCGGAACCGGAGGGAUCCGAUACUGUGACCGCUGUCAAGUCAUCAAACCAGACCGCUGUCAUCACUGCUCUGCUUGCGAUACGUGUGUGCUGAAGAUGGACCACCAUUGCCCCUGGGUGAACAACUGUGUUGGCUUCUCCAACUACAAGUUCUUCAUCCUGUUCCUGGCUUACUCGCUGGUGUACUGUUUGUUCAUCGCCGCCACAGUUCUGCAGUAUUUCAUCAAGUUCUGGACGCUUUGCCGGAGGAAAUCGGCAGAGAACUGUCCAAAGAAUGAGCUGCAGGACACUCACGCCAAAUUCCACGUCUUGUUUCUUUUUUUUGUGGCGGCCAUGUUCUGCAUCAGUAUUUUGUCCCUCUUCAGCUACCACCUGUGGCUGGUAGGCAAAAACAGAUCCACCAUAGAGGCGUUCAGAGCUCCAGUUUUUAGAUCGGGCUCUGAUAAAAACGGCUUCUCUUUGGGUUUCCGGAAGAACAUCGCUCAAGUCUUUGGAGACCAGAAGAAGUACUGGCUGCUGCCCAUCUUUACCAGUCAGGGAGAUGGUCUGACGUUCCCCACCAGACUGGUCAACGCUGAUGCAGAGCAAGCCGCUGUGACGCUGCACCAAGAGCCCAACAAAAGCACGGUUGAUGUCCCCGCCGGUCCGUUCGGCGACUCUCAGAACCACCUGCUGAGCGACGAGCAGCGAGGCAGCAACAUGGAAGAUUUCCUGGCUGACGGCGCUCUGGAAUCGAGCGAUCACGCCUCGUUCGGCCUCACAGCAGAGACCUGUACAAUCUCCAUGGACAGCGAGUCCUAACCAGGAGCCACUCCUCAUUUAAUACGAUGCCUUAAGCAACCCAGCAGUGAAGUUCAUCUCCAUGGCAACGCUUUGGUAGUGCACCUGCAUCUCCCUCACAGGAAUUAUGGACCUGAAGUCCACUGGCUCAUGGCAACUUACUCAUUUUUAUGGUUUUCCUCAACCCUACAAGCACUUAACUAUAUAAGGAAAUGUGAUGCAAGACAGAAACUCCCCCGCUAGUUCAACAUUUGCUGUUUCUUGCACGAAGUGACGAGGGGGAGGUAUCUUCUAGUCCUCGAGGUUCUCUCCAUUUUAAACCUUUUGUGCCAAAAACUCCCCCCUCUGAGCUCGCCAGGAGUUAUUUUACAGACGACAAGCUGCAAUACAUACGUGUGUGUGUUGGGUUUACUUUCAAGUCCUUAGAAAGGCGGAAGGUGAAUCACUUUAGCCAUGAGGCCGUUCAGUGUGUCUUACUUUUAUCUAAUGGUCUGUUGUUGCACCUCAUGAAAUGGGGGGCGGGUUCCGCCAAAUCAAGGACUGUCUGUCAUAAGCAGGAUUUUGUGUAUGGAGGGGGUCUGGAUAUCAGAGCACAAGAUGACACAUUUGCACUUUGUUGUUUUCCAGUGUCCAUCAAAAAAAGUGCUGCUUUUUAAGGAUGUUCUCUUUUUUUUCCAAAACAAAACUUUAUGGUAUGACUGACUUUGCUGAAAAUUCAUUAUCAUAUCACAGUUUAAAAAUACUUUAUAAACAUUUGUUUUCUUUAUAAAUAGCAGAUUUUUAAUCAUGUUGCUUAGAAAGUACUGUUUAACUUCAAAAACGUUUUUUUAUUGCCAAGUGCUUGAGCUUUUACCAACACUCUGCCAAAAAAGGGCUUGAAAGUCAGGAGGUCAUCAGGACCUGAAGUGUGUACAGCCUCCUAGCUUUAUUUAUAAAAACAAAAACUCACCAGUCAGUGUCAUUGUAACCAAAUUGUAUUCAGCCGUUGCUGUGGUGCAAUAAUUUACACAGGAAAUGAGUUCUUGUUUCGGAUUAUGAUGUCUAUGUAGUACCAGUGCUGACCAGUAGGUGGAGACAUUGUAAGCUCAAUUUUAUUUUUUUCCAAUUUUGCAUCCAUCUGGUAUUGGUUUCCACAAGAGCAUCACUGUCGUAAUUUUCCGUAUUUCUGAUCAGCUGUAAAGAGUGGCCUCUCCAUUCUCUGUCUGUAUAACUGGAGCCAGGUCCAAUAGUGACUUGUUGAAAAGAGCCUCAGCUCAGUGGUGAACCGUCUCGUAUCGAUGUCAAAAGUCUAGAAUGUGAAUCAGUGUCAGCCAAAAUCUUUCAAAGGAUUCUUUUAUUUUUUAUCACAGAAACACUUUUCUUCAGGAAUGAAACCAACCCUUCUCAUUUUCCAAAGCUGGUUUGGGGCAUCCGAUCUCACCAGACUCCGGGGUUGUUGUGUAUGUUUACAGCUGUUUUCUAUUGUGUAUCAUGAGUUAAGUCAGAGAAACAAGUGUGUUAAAACACAGUCGGGUCUUUAAAAGCGUUAGAUUUAGGGGUUUAAAAUGAAAAAAUAAAAAGGUGUUUUGAAAAAGUUCUUUAUACUUUAUAACUUUCCUCAAGCGUUUUUAAUUGUUUUACAAAGCAUCAUCAUUUUGUUACUGUAUUAUUACACUGUGCUUAAAUCUCAGAGUAGCAUUUUAAAUUAACUGAACAUUAUUCAAGUUUAAGAUCUGGAGGACUUCACCUCGCAUGAAAGCGUUUUAUUUUGAAAGGUCAAGUUUUGUACCACCUUAGGACUUUGGGCCAUGGCUAUAAAUGCUGGAUCUGUGGUUGUUGGACGGUGGUUCUCUGGGUCAGGCGUGUGUCUUUUGUAAUGCUUCAGUGACCGUGCUGCUUUUGUAACACUGUCUUCUUGAGUGAAACGGCUCUGUGAUGUAAGGACAUUUGUGUGUUCACACACGGGGCGGUGAAAAAGCUGAAGUUGUACCUCCAUUUUUGAUUCUAAAAAUUAUUAUUAUUUUUUUUUUUUAUGUAAUCAUUGUUAAUGUUUUUCUGCAGUUUUUGGUCUGUAUUGUGUUCCAAAGUCUCUACAGUAGCUACAUUUUUUUUAAUUUAAAAAUUCUUUUUUCUUUUUUGCUGAUCUGUAUUUGGCAAAGAACCUUUUUCUUAAUGCACCCUUUGGCCCAACUUGUUGUUUUGUCGCCCCACAAUCAUGAUUUAUUAUUUUAGCUCAACAUAUUAGAAGUCUAAAAGCAUCUUAAUAGAUUAAACUCAAACAAAAAUCAAAAAUGAGGGAGCAAUGGAAACGCUUUUUCACGGUUCUGUCCAGAACUUGCUCCAAAGCAUGGCACUGUUCAAACAUUUGCUACCACGGGGGCAGUUUUUGUCUCUCAACCACCUGAACAUGAGGAGCGGUGUCCUGUCUCUGUUAGCUUUUCUCUGGUCUGCAUAAACCUAACAAGCCAUAAAAACUCCUGUGAAAACAGAAGGAUUGAAAAAUCUCAGUCUAACGUUACUUUUUUCUUCAGGCUGACCUGCUUGUCGCUACGUUUUGGUUCCUUUUUUUUUAAGUGUCUUAUUUUCCAACCUUUAUGUAUAUAUUGAUUAAUGUAAGAAACUUGGCAUAUAUUUUUCUUGUCUAAUUAAUUUCAUUGUUGAUAUUUUGUGAAUGAAGUACAUGUCUGUACACAGUUAACGUAUAAAUAACAAUAAAUGUGUUUUUUAACUACCUGUUUAAUUUGAA